AUGCAUCGUGUAUGUUAUAUUACAAAUUGGUCUCGAUAUCGAUCUGGUGAAGCGAAAUUUGAAAUUGAAUUUAUUGAUCCAUUUAUGUGUUCUCAUAUUAUUUAUGCUUAUGCCACUGUCGAUGAUAAAAAACCUGAAAUUAUACCAAUACAAAAAGAUGAUCUUGAACAUUAUCGAGAACUUGCUUUACUUAAACGAACGAAUCCGAACUUGAAAGUAUCUAUUCGAUUGGGUGGAAAAAUGUCUCAAUAUACACGAUAUUUAAAACAGUCAAAAAUGGCUGCACAGCUUGUUCGUAGUCUUAUAUGGUAUAUGGCGACAUAUGGUUUUGAUGGAAUUGAUAUAGCACUUGAAUUUCUUGAUGCAGAUGUUCCAGAAGAUAAAGCAGCAUUAACAACAUUAAUUGAGGAAUUAAUCAAACAAAAACGAUUAAUGUUACGAUCAAUUAUAACAUUGACAGCUGCACCAUUUGUAGAAAAUCUUUUGAAAGUAUAUGAUAUUGAAAAAAUUGGAAAUCUUGUAGAUUAUAUCAAUUUAAUGACUUUUGAUUUUUACGGUCCAUGGGAUGAAAAAACAGGUGUUUUCGCACCAUUAUUUCAUCAACAUUAUCAAGUAGAAGCUGAAUCACUUCGUAAUGUUGAUGGUCUUGUUAAAUUAUGGCUUAGUCUUGGUAUACCACGAGGAAAAAUUAUUAUUGGUAUUCCAGCUUAUGGUCGUUCAUUUACAUUAUCAAGUAGACAGACAAGUCUUCAUGCACCGGCUAAUGGUCCAGGUUAUCCUGGUCGAUAUACAAAAACUAGAGGUUUUCUUUCAUAUUAUGAGGUUUGUGAAAAAGGACAAUCUCAAAAUUGGCAACGAGUAUGGUUAGAUUCUGAAAAAGCAUGGUAUAUGACAAAUGGUGAUCAAUGGAUUACUUAUGAAGAUGUUGAUUCGGCAGCACUUAAAGCACAAUAUGCAAAAGCAGAACGACUUGGCGGUGUAUUUAUAUGGAGUAUUGAUAAUGAUGAAUUUUCUGGUUUCUUUUGUAAUACGGAACCAUUUCCAAUAACUCGACAAGUUUUUUCAACUCUCAAUCUUCCUGUACCAGCAACAAGUGCACCAUCAAUUCCUAUACAACAGCGAAUGCCAGCUGGUAUUGCUCCUGUUACUGGUGCUCCAACAGUUCGUUUUGUUAAUGUACAAGCUCAAAAUCUACCAGCGUCACCAAUAAUACCUAAUAAUUUACAACAAUUAUUAAAUGCUCUUAGUGUUUUAUCAGGUACCACAAGUUAUACACCUAUUGUUGAAUCAACAGCAGCACCACCACCACCACCAGUUGCACAUCAAACAUAUAAUGCUGAAUAUAUAUGUGCUCGUCAUCACACUGGUCGUAAUGGAAUUUAUCGUGAUCGUACAAAUUGUUCAAUAUUUUAUUUUUGCGAAGGUAAUGAUUUAUCUUCAUUACGUUAUCAUAUAUUUUUUUGUCCACCUGGACUUGAAUUUUCAAUGGAUGCAUGUACAUGUGAUUGGCCAACCGGUCGUUCAUGUCAAGCAACAAGUGAAACAUUUUGUGUAUCACAUCCAUUAAUAACAACAACAACCACAAUAAGACCAACAACAACAACAAUUCAAUCAAAUAUUCCACAAUCAGCUAUGUUUGCAUUAAAUGGUUUAGGUCAAUUAUUAGGUAUUUCAGGUGGUUCAACACCAAUAUUUGAUUGUGCUGGUCGACGUUCUGGUCUUUAUCGAGAUAUGUAUGAUUGUACAAAAUUUUAUUUUUGUACAACUAAUAAUCAAGCACCAGAUGGUACAUUACUUCGUUAUGAUUUUGUUUGUCCAACAAACUAUGCAUUUAGUAUGACAACAUGUCGAUGUGAACUUGGACAAAGUCAUACAUGUCAUACAUUAACAAAAACUGAUUGUCUUCUUUUAUAA